CGCUCGUCGCGGGGAUCGGUGCUGAUACGGUGACUGUGCUGUGAGGAGCAGGUUGCAGACACGGACGCGCUGCACUGUUAACCGCCCACGGAGUACAUAAAGCCGCGUCUCCACGGCCGAAAGCUGAGCGUUGUUAGCCGUGGAGGACUGCGGCGGGACCUCUGACAUUUCACCGGCCGCUGGGCUUCAUGGAGUCUCCGGUCUGAACACUGCACAAAUGCUGGGAGUCCCGUGCUGACUGUGUGGAAGGAGAGGAUUAAAAAAAGCGAGAGAGCAAAGGUGGAAGAAAAUGAUUAAAGGAGAGUGGACACACCGGUCAUCAACUGGGCAGAUGGGUGAGAAAGAGGAUGAGCGUACGGCUCAGGCCAGCCAGCUAUUUGAGAACUUUGUCCAGGCAUCUACCUGUAAAGGGACUCUGCAGGCUUUCAGCAUCCUCUGCAGGCAGUUGGAGCUGGAUCCACUGGACCACAGCAAUUUCUAUAACUCACUGAAGGCGGCAGUCAGCACCUGGAAAGUCAAAGCCCUUUGGACCAAACUGGACAAGAGAGCUCAGCAAAAGGUCUACAGCCAGAAUAAGGCCUGCCAAGGCACGAGGUGUUUGAUCAUUGGCGGCGGUCCAUGUGGCCUUCGGACGGCCAUCGAGCUGACUCUGCUGGGCUGCAAGGUGGUGGUGAUUGAAAAAAGAGACACCUUCUCCAGGAACAAUGUGCUCCACCUCUGGCCCUACACCAUUCACGACCUCAGGGGACUCGGGGCCAAGAAGUUCUACGGAAAGUUCUGUGCUGGCUCCAUCGACCACAUCAGUAUCCGCCAGCUUCAACUGAUGCUGGUAAAAGUGAGCUUGAUCCUUGGUGUCGAGAUUCACGUCAAUGUUGAGUUCAUCAAACUGCUGGAGCCACCAGAGGAGCAGACAGAUGUCGGUCAUGGUUGGCGGGCAGAGAUCCGACCCUCUGGCCAUCCUGUCUCGGACUUUGAAUUUGACGUGGUGAUUGGAGCUGACGGACGCAGAAGCACAUUAGAUGGUUUCAGGCGCAAGGAGUUUCGUGGGAAGCUGGCCAUCGCUAUAACGGCUAACUUUGUCAAUAGGAACACAACAGCAGAGGCCAAAGUAGAAGAAAUAAGUGGCGUGGCCUUCAUCUUUAACCAAAAGUUCUUUCUGGAACUCAAAGAGGACACGGGAAUCGACUUGGAGAACAUAGUUUACUACAAAGACAACACCCACUACUUUGUCAUGACUGCAAAAAAGCAGAGCCUGCUGGACAAAGGGGUCAUCAUUAAUGAUUACAUGGAAACUGAACGGCUUCUGAGUCCUGACAACGUCAAUCAGGAAGCGUUGCUCUCAUAUGCUCGUGAAGCGGCUGAUUUUGGCACCAACUACCAGCUGCCAUCCCUGGACUACGCCAUCAACCACUACGGACAGCCAGAUGUAGCCAUGUUUGACUUCACCUGCAUGUACGCCUCAGAAAACGCCGCCUUGAUCAGGGAGAAACAUGGGCACCAGCUGCUGGUUGCACUGGUGGGAGAUAGUUUGCUUGAGCCGUUCUGGCCGAUGGGUACGGGUUGCGCUCGGGGGUUUUUGGCUGCCUUUGACACUGCAUGGAUGGUGAAGGGCUGGGCAAAAGGAAAGAGCCCACUGGAGAUCCUGGCUGAGAGGGAGAGCAUUUACCGUCUUCUACCCCAGACCACCCCAGAGAACAUCAGUAAAAACUUUGAACAGUACUCCAUUGACCCUGCUACCCGCUACCCCAACCUCAACGCCAGCUGUGUGCGCCCACAUCAGGUGCGUCACCUGUUCAUUGAUGGUCAUCAGGGACCAGGUCAGAUAGAAAGAGGAGGACCAGCACGUCGAUCAGUCAACCUGUCCAGGAAAGAGUCUGAGGUCCAUCCUGGCCGCCUGCUGAACUGGUGUCAGAGGCAGACUCAUGGGUACCAGGGAGUCGAUGUCACCAACCUCGCAUCUUCCUGGAGGAAUGGCCUGGCCCUCUGUGCUCUCAUCCAUCGGCAGAAGCCUGAGCUCAUUGAUUAUGACUCUCUGAACGAGGAGGACGUGGCGGGGAACAAUCAGCUGGCGUUUGAUGUGGCUGAGCGAGAGUUUGGCAUCCAACCGGUGACGACAGGAAAGGAGAUGGCUGCAGAUUCUCAACCUGAUAAGCUGCUGAUGGUCCUGUACCUUUCCAAGUUCUACGAGGCCUUCAGGAACUCGCCAGCAAACAAAGUUUCCAGAGAAGGAGAUGAAAAUGGUGAAGAUUAUCAAUCUAAAACCAACCACAAGGCGCUAAACCUGCCUCAGCCCAGAAAGAGGAUUCCCAGGGAUGACAAACUGGAGGAAGAUUCUGAUAACAAGAAACGGCGAAAGGGCAACCACUACCUCACAGAGUUGUCCUGUCACAGUGCUCCCCCUGCUGGUGAGGAUGGGGAACAACGGGAGAACAAAGUCCGCUCCAUGGCAACUCAGCUGCUGGCCAAAUUUGAGGAGAACUCCGCAACAGUAAAGGCUCGAACAAAGGACCCAUCAGAUCCAUCCUACUCUCCUGCUCAGUCUCCUCCAACUUCCCCACUUCCUUCAUCAGAUGAGGAGGAUGAGGAAGAUGGGGAAGUGGAGAGAGAAAAUCCCCGUUUUGCAAAGCCCAAAGAUGACACUCCUCCUCCUCCUCCUAGUCUGCUUCCCACUCACCCCAAGUGGCAGCCUUCCAUCUACCUUCAGUUGCUUGAGAAUCCCGCUACUUUCCUCUCCUCCCCCAAAUUCUCUCACACUCGGAGCGCCUGCAGUCGGUCUCCAUCGCCCCCACGCUCAAAGAGCCCGUUGAGUCCUCCUCGCUCACUGAGCCCUGACACUCCUGAACAUUACUACCCAGAACGCACCUCUCCAGACCUCUCACCUAUUCGUCUUUCUCCCUCUCCUCAGUCUGCUCUGGGUGUUGGGCAGUCCUCUGAGAGAUCAGGGGGGGUUAUGCGGCAGAGUAAAGACCAGAGACUGUCUGCUAGGGACUUUUCCAGGAGGAGUAUAAAAGAGAGAGCUAGCCUCCUCUCCUCCAUGUUUCCAGGCUCAAGCAGAUCACCCUCAGCAGCUCCUCUUUGUCUACCACAGGUGGAAUCAUCCAUUUCCUCUCCUCUUUCCUUGUCAACACCUCCUCUUGUUCUGUCUAUACCUAAGAGCUCCACCGUCUACCCUGUGGUCCACCCUGUCCCUGACCCCACAGCCCAGGCUGGUUUCUCCUCUGUCCCACUUUGCACUCCUGGACACAAGGACAAGACACACACUCCCUCUUCCACUGACUCUGAAAAAACACAGGAAAUCUGUUCACUUCAUCCUGAUUCCUCUGCACCCAACAGCGAAACAUUUGCUGCUCUUUCCUUGCCUUGCUUUGGGACCCAAAAGAGCUCCUCUCCGCUCUCGGACGCUGGCUGUGAACAUGAACAGAGCGGCUCAUCAGGCCUCGAGCAGAAUUAUGAGAAUAUGUGUGAGAGUUCACAGAACGAUGUGGAAAAUGAGCAGGAGAAGGUUCACAAAACUGUGACAGUUGAUGAUAGUAACGCAUCUGAAAAUAAUCACACGGAGCACUCGGAGAGGUCUGGUCCUGAGGACCUCAGGAGAAUCGUUCCAAAGUCACUCGCUCGCUCCAUAAGUUGUCCGACUGGGGCUCCUCGUUACAGCAAAGAGCGUACAGUUGGAAAGGUAUCAUCAGCCAUAGAUGCUAAAGCUCAGAUACUGGCCAUCCUCUAUGAGACAGACCACAGGCCCAGUGCUCCACCGUGUGUGGUGCGUAAGGACUUCCCUCCCGGGUUGGGCGGCAGCGACAUCUGCCACUUCUGCUCCAAGCGGGUGUACGUGAUGGAGAGACUCAGCGCCGAGGGCUACUUCUUCCACCGAGAGUGUUUCCGCUGCGACGCUUGCAACUGCACUCUCCGCCUGGGAGGACACACAUUUGACUCACAGGAGGCUAAAUUCUACUGCAAGCUGCAUUAUGCACAGCGCCUGUACAGCAAUAACCCAGGAAGAGUUAGGAGGAGAAUGGAACCCCAAAGUCGUGUCGCACCCUCGUCCAUGGACGGCGGGAGCUACACCACCGCCACCACGGGCAGCACCCAGCUGCAACCCCCAGACGAGGCCUCCAGUUCACUCUCUGAACCGCUUGAUAAAAAAGUUCCCGACGAUGUGGAUGUGGCAGUGGAAGCUCACGAUGCUUCCUGUUUAGUAAAAUCCAAAACGCAAGAUACCGCCGCAGCAAAAGGUCAAAGCCAGGACUCUUCCAAAGAUCACUGUAACCCCAAACACAAACACAACAGAUGGAAGCGGAAGAUUCGAGCAACCUUCCCUCUGCUUUUCAUCAAGCGCUAUCCCAAAAGCUCACAGCUGGACAAAGACGGACCUGAUACCGUCCCUGAAGCCGACUCUGACUAUGAGGAGAUCACUUCAGCAGAAAAACAACCUCACUCGGACAGCAGUUCCAAAACCUCAGUGGAUACCCUGAAUCCUCCAGAGGUAAAUGAGACGAGUGAGGAGCGCUCGGCCGUCUGCAGAACAUCUACGCCAAGGAAACGCUUGGCCUUGUCCUUUUCUGCCAAAGAGAAGCUUCUGAACUGGGACGUGGAGGUCAACCCAGAGGGAACUCCCGUUAGCACAACCACCGAAAACGCACCACAACAUAAGGACCAGGUACAGGCAGAGGCACAACUAGAUGAGCCUCGGAGAAACUCGAUCCAGAGCGGGGAGGCUUCCCCGAGCCAAACUUCAGCUUCAUCCCCCUCAGCCUUCCAGGCUAUAGCCAACGCCUUCAGGAGGACAUUUAGCGGGACCAAUCAACUCAGCAGCUCCAACACUGCAGUCAUAAUGAGACCUAAACACGACGGUCCCCGCAAACGGCGACCCAUGUCCGAGGGAGCGUUUAGCUUUAGCUCACGCUUCAGUGCCAUAGCGCCAGAGUCAUCCCGAGAGGACCAGGCCAGCAUGCGUGAAGCUCAUUGGGCAGAUCCAUGGGGGGCGGGGCAGGACCUGCCUUCCCUGUUGCAGCAGGUGUCCUUAAAGGGCCGUAAAGACUCUGGAGAGGUGUUCGCUGAUGACAUUGGCCCAUUUGCACGCAAAAGGGUCAACUUGUUCUCUUCCUUGAGGCUGAGGAAGAGGGAAUUGUCUGGGAGUGAAGGGAAAGACCAGGAGGUUCAAAAGGAAAUCACAAACAUCCUCUCUAACCUCAGAAACAAAGCAUCCAGUCAGCAGAAUUUGGAGGAGCCCUCCUCAAGUGAUGAUGAAAAUGAAAACCUGGUAUCCAGUCAGAAGCUGCAUUCAGAGAAACUGAGGAGGAAGCAGGAAAAGACAGUGGCCCAACAGGCUAAACGAGAACAGCUAAAGAGGCUUCACAGAGCUCAGGUGAUCCAGAGACAGUUGGAGGAAGUCGGAGAAAAGCAGAGGGACCUGGAGGAGAGAGGAGUGGCCAUAGAAAAGAGCAUAAGAGGAGAAACAGAAUCUCCUCAGACGGACGACAGUGACGAGGCCCAGCUCUAUCAGUCCUGGUUUAAGCUCGUCCUAGAGAAGAACAGAUUGGCACGCUAUGAGUCUGAACUCAUGAUCUUCGCUCAGGAGCUGGAGCUGGAGGACACACAGAGUCGGCUGCAGCAGGAUCUGCGACGCAAAAUGGCAGUAGAGGAUACAAAGAAGAGUGCCUCAGAGCUGCAGGAGGAACAGGUGAUCCUCGCAGAGAUCAUGAGAACAGUGGAGAAACGAGACAUGUUGGUCUCUAUUCUGGAGGAGCAGAGGCUCAAGGAGAGGGCUGAGGACAGGGACCUCGAGAGCCUUGUGCUCUCCAAGGGCUAUGAGUUCCACUGGGCCCGCAUGGAUGAUAGCUGGGGCCAAGAGAAGCAGGAGUGAUGGCUGAAAACAGAGGAUCUCACUCUGAAGAGGACAGAUUAGAAGGAAAACAGGUUCCCACAAUAGUUUGCUUUUGGCUUUUUUUUUGCAAAGCUACAAGUCUGAAAAAUGUUGAAGGAAUCUUGAAACACUGACAAAGAUUGUAAGACUUGAUCGUGUUAGAAAGAAAUUGACCCUUAGAUAAUGGCUUCCCGUAUAGCCACGAGGGUUAAUAACUUUUCUGCCAACUUUUCUCAACACUCAGAAGUGUAACUGCAAUGUCCCAUGCUGAUACUGACCUGAAACUUGAUGUAUGAUAUGCUUAACCACCUCUGAUAAUGUGAGCCACUGCCUUGAAUGCCUGCACUCAUCACAAACCAAACUGCCUUAUUUGUGGCUGCUAGCCAUAAGAGUGGACUUGUUGCGACAGACUGGUUAUUACUGUAACACUGUCUCUUCACUGGAUAGCACAUGGAAGGAGUCAAAAGUUUUUCUGGAGACUCUUGCACAGCGUGAGUUGUUAUAAAACCAGAAAAAUGCUUUAAGUAUUUCACUAUGAGUCACUUUAUGUGCAGCCUUGUUUGUGACUGUAAACUCUUGUGCAUAUUUUAAAUUUAUUCACUUUUCUUUGGAUCAAAUAAAAUAUAUUUAUGUAUGCUCAGGCACUAAUUAACACCAGAGAAAUGGAAUCUGCCAUGGAGCUGCUGCACAGACUGAAACCACAGAUAUCUAGGGGAGCCGUUCCAUUCCUAUUUGUCUCAUUGUACAGUUGGCUGGAGCUCAGCUAAAAAAGCAGCAAACAGCAGUAGCAAGACAGUCCACAGUGAAUGGUAAAAGCAUAGACUGUAUAUAAAAAUGGAUGGGCCGCUUACUCCUCGUGUUGAAUUCUCAAAAUCAGCAUUUUGGUACCACUGUGUAAAUUUUUGGAACCAAAAUGAUCGUGAUCUUGUUUGGAGUGGGAAUUCAUUAGCCUAAUAUUGUCAGACUUGAAGCUAAUUAGUGCUAAGUAACAGACAAAUACAACGGUUGAAUUUCACUCACCAAAACUAAAGCACCAACUUCUUGGACAGACUACACCACCCUGUAAGCAAGGCACCGACAGCACAAACACUGUGGAGGUCCAGUUCCGAGACUUAAACUAAAGAAGGUAAAGCCCAGCAAACACAGAUGGGCGGCAGCUUCCUGUGUUGGGACACCUGGCAAUGCAAGCAGCUGCAACCUUCUCUAGUAUUAAAUUAAAGAAACUUCUAUGAAGACCAAAACAGGAGGCUGUAACCGGAUAUUUUUGUUUAGUUUUUUUAUUGCUGUAAAAAUGUACAUUUUAACAUGGGAUUCACUUUCUGUGUGUUUAAGAAUCAAAUGGUUAUCGUGGUUGAGGAAGACGACUGGUAUCAGAAAACUGCUGCUAGAAACGGCUGCUGUUGCUCGCUUCAUCUGUGAAAUUCAAAUGUCAGUGCUGGAAUGUUGUUUGUUGUCCCCAAGUGUUACACAGAGGUAAUUUAUUACAAUUUGAAAUCAGGACUAUUCUAAAAAUUUACUCACUUCUUGAUCCCCUUUAUCACAAGCAUAAAGAAAAUGUCAAGAGGAAAAAUCUUCACUCCACAAAAUUUAAUUUUUGGUCUAAAGUUUCACUCAUUCUGGACUAUCUUUGAACCGCCGUGUAGGAAAACUGGAAGUCCACAGAGUGGGAGUUCUCAUGUACUUUUGUUGAAACUUGCAGAUAUCUCUGGCCUUGCUCCAGUAAGGCAUACCACUAGCUGUGACAUCCUGAAAGCAGCGUGCCCAAAGUGGAUUCAUCAUUUUGUUAACUACUGUGAAUCUGUCUGCAAUUCACUGUAAAGGGCUGUGAGUCAAAAUGCCAUCAAAUUGUCAUCUCAUGAAAAGAUGAAUGUGUUUACAUGAGUUUUAAUGCUGAUGCAAACUGCCAUACUAUUCUCUCGGUCCUCGGGCGUUAAAUGUUAUUUUGUUUAUAAUACAAAUGAAUGCAAAUUAAAUAUCUGUAAGUUUGGUUUUCUUUAGCAAAAAACUUUCAUGUUUUAUUUUAAUGCUGCUUUGAGUGUUUUUAAAUGAAAUUAUCUUAAAUAAAAAUGAAUUUUUGGA